ACUCAGCAAGGAUUUAUGUCAAGGAUUUACUACAAAUACCACCGGUAUACUUGCGGUGACUCAUAUGGAAGAGGGUUACCGCUAGCAGUACGGAUAGAAAAAACGACGCGGAUUGAGGCUGGUCCUGGCAAUUCAGAACCAGAAUUCUAUGAACUUUCAAGUAAAUCAUCUCCGCCAAUCCACUUGGAUUUUAAGGUCCCUCGCCGCCAAUCACAUACCGCUAUUUUCUGCAUCGACCGUCUACUGCCCACCCUUCCCCUCAAAACAUUCCACUUUGGCCCAUCGUUCUAUCCAAUCAGAAAAGAAGAUCCCGCCUCUCUCAGGGCACCUUUAACCAAUGAAUGCUCAAGCAAGUGGCGAUUGGCCCUAGUUGUUACUCCCGCUAGCCGCCGGGUUGGAGCUAAGCCCUGGUCUCUAUCGCAGUUUUCACGGAGGAGUCCUGAUCUCAAGUUGAAAAUGCUCUGGAUGAUACGCCAAGUUUCCCGAACAGGGACUGCAGUGUGCCUAAGUCUUACCCGACAUCUCAGCAACACAGCCCCAAGAGCCUCCUACAAAUAUGUAAAUCUAAAGGAGGAACCGACAGACUUUAAAUCUAUUACUGACAAGGCUGCACAGACCGUCCUGUGGACAGAACUUAUCCGAGGCUUGGCUAUGACCCUGAGCUACCUAUUUAGGGAACCUGCCACCAUCAACUAUCCCUUUGAGAAGGGCCCCCUGAGUCCCCGCUUCCGUGGAGAGCAUGCUCUGCGCAGAUACCCAUCUGGAGAGGAGAGGUGCAUCGCUUGCAAGCUUUGUGAGGCCGUGUGCCCUGCUCAGGCAAUUACCAUUGAGGCAGAAACCCGGGCUGAUGGCAGCCGCAGGACUACCCGCUAUGACAUUGACAUGACCAAGUGCAUCUAUUGUGGAUUCUGCCAAGAAGCAUGUCCAGUUGAUGCUAUUGUGGAGGGUCCCAACUUUGAGUUCUCCACUGAGACACAUGAAGAGCUUCUUUACAACAAGGAGAAGCUGCUCAACAAUGGUGACAAGUGGGAAGCUGAGAUUGCUGCUAACAUACAAGCUGACUACCUGUACCGGUGAUGGAGCACUUACCACAACCCUCACUCAUCCUAACCAGCCAGUUCAACCGAAGACAAGCCUGCAAUAAAGGGCAUGCAACCAUUGUUUGUUUACCACUGUCUUAAGUAUGAGGAAGAUGUUAUGGGCAAGCCUUCUGGAGAUAAUGUAGAAUCAGAGUCCUAUUUGUAGCAGGGAAGCUACCAUCUUGUCUUUUCUUUCAGUGCAGAGUUCUUAGUACUGUACAUCGGGGAAGCUAAGUCUUAAUGUAAGGAUAUUGGUCUGGGAACAGGUGACGGAGAGGGUGAGAAAAAAGUAGGAGAACUCAGUUCAGCUUUGUGUCCUCAGCUAAAGAGCCUUUCUUACUGGAAAACUCUUGUGGAACUACUGUGCUUUUGCUAUCUUCUAUUUCAGGCAGGGGUACUAAGCUUUUUGGACAGGGGGACGCAUUUAGAAUCUUGAGUGUGUCAUGGGGGACAUCACAAGAUGGCUGCUGAGGGGGUGAGAUGUCCAUUCACAAAGUGACUAUUAUGGCGUGUGUGGCCAGUCACAAAACACCGUUUGCACAGAAGGCAGACUGGUGAGGCAAAAAUACGUGUAACUUCCCCAAGAAACUACAUAAAAGGUAGAAGUGAGGGAUGAGCUCCAAAACACACAGCCACUGUGUGGAACCUGUAUUAAAAGGAAGAUUACAGCAAAAUUUUCCCCAAGCACACACUUCCCAGACUUCAUGUGUGCUUUGCACACACAAUUCCCAUCCACACAGACCCCUGCCUCUCUUUUUCUCCCACCCUGUUAGGUUACCCCAGCAGUCUCUGCAACGCUCCUGUCAGCUUCCCCAUCUCUCUCUCGCUUCCCCCGCACUCCAAGCUUAUCAGACAACAGUGCCACUUUUUAAAACAAGGCAAUCAAGAGUGUGCUGUAAAGUGCUGGCCUCCAGCUUCCUGGCAUCUUAACUUCCAGAGAAUGCAUUUGGGCACAUGUAGGGGCACAGAGGCAUUCUGGAAAGAUGAAGAUGCCAACUGGAGACCAGCAUUUCACUUUGUAGUGUGCCCAGGGGCCUGCUGCAUUCAGGACCUCAGGGAAUCAAUUCAGAGAUUCAGGAAACCCUGAUAAGGAUGCUUCCAGGACUAGUACCAUUCAGAAGGUUCCUUCAGGCUAGAAUCAUAACACAGAUGGAAAGCUAGGUUCUAGUUUAGCUCAUCUUGGAGAAAGCUUUCUUCCUGACAGAAUAAUAUUCCUCGUAAAGCAUGUUUUUCGCAUGAGAGAUAUUUUUUAAGAGGUAACUUCCCUCCCUCCACCCACUUGCAUUCAGUUUGGUACAGCUGUAAGACUCCUAUACUAUAUGGUUUUCCCCCCAGAAUGUUUGAAUGGGUUUUGAAUAGAAUUGAAAAGGAUGUUUUAGUGGUAAGAUAAGAAUAUUAUCUUAUCAGUUGUUAUUCUGCAGUGAAAGCUUUGUAGUUAUUCUGCGGUGAAAGCUUUGUCAGGAGCAUUUGCAUGCAUAAGAUGGCCCUGAGUGGAUCAAAGAGGGACUUGCACUCAGUUUGUGCAAAAAUCUUGCUUUGAGAAAUGGGCAUCGCCCCACCUUCAGCUGUUUAUUGUCCAUCAGAGGGAGAACUCUUAUCUGCCUCUUCAAUAUUGCACUUUGUUCAGUCCUAGAAACCCUGUUCUUGAGUCAAAAAGUGUGGUUUCCUUUUGUUCAUAUUAAAGUGCAGUGCUACUGAGCUGAACUGCACUUAUGGAGGCUCCAGUAGACCUAUGGAGAGAUGGGUUGCAUUAUCUCUGAAUUCUGAUAAUUAAAGCAACCUUAAAAGGACAUGUUCUUUUUCUUCCCAACUCAUCCCUCUAAUUUCUUCUGCUGUUGGAAGAUGAUCCGAGUGGCUAUGUUGAAACCAGUGUGAGCUAGCCUCACCAUUCUGAUAUGUGUCAAGUAGCUUUUCUUUCUGUUGCGGCAGAGCACCCACCCCACAUUCUGGAGGCUUGGGAUGGUGUUAGGAUUCACGGGCACCGUGGAGCAGUAGCCCUUAUAACUUUCUCCUUCAGCAGCAUCUUUAAAACUAUCUGCACUUCGAAAACAAAGAAAAGUGGGCAAGGGGAAGGUCAGAAUCAGGCAAAGUAGAAAGAAGACACAAAUUAUAUGCAGAUCUUAGUGUACUUUGACUGUAAACCAUUAUCAAUAGCAAGUUGUUAUCAGCAGGCUUACAGUGUUUAUAGUAGGCAUUUCUUUCCACAAUACUGGCUCCUGCUGAUGGAUUUAUCACAGCUAGGAGGGACCAUGGUCUCCUAUCAACAUAAAUGUUUGCUGGAGUUUUCAGGCAAUUCUGCCUUCUAAGGUCUGCAUAACCUUAUGAUUUGUAGUAACCUGCAAAUCUCAAGAUUCAUCCUCUAGACACUUGCUCUUAUUAGUAUGCACACCCUAUCAUGUACAGAACAGAAAGCUGGAAAUACUCUGGGUAUUUGAAGGGUGCUACUAUGAGGGUGGGGAGGGAAAAGACAAAUGGUGGGGUGAAAAGUUAGUUGCCACCAUGUUCCAGGCAGCUAGAAGUAGACAGCAGUUUAAAAGAUGAUGGUUGAGGAUCUCCAGAACUAUGAGAUGUCUGAUCAGCAGCUGAUAUUACCCAUAUAUUUCCUUCUCCACUGAUGUAUUUUUAGUGAGGAUGAAUCAGUAUCUAUAAUCAAACCUACUGAAAAAGGGUUUGAGACACGUUGGGGUUGGGAAAGGGAAGUAAAAGGGAGUCAGAUGUUUUUCCAUUGGAGACAAUGAAACUUUUAAACCAUGCAGUUGGUGAUGAGUAAGUUCCCUAAGCAAGCUGGUGUUUCCACAUGUGUAGCUGUUCAAAUCAAAAUUGCUAUAUUGUAUAUCAUUUCUGAUAUAGUGUGAAUUGUAUUUAGAGUGAAAUUCAAAUGAACUAUCUUGGGUUUUAAUAUGUUCCUGUAUAAAAGGAGGAUAAAAGAUUGUAAUGAUGCAAGAAGACAAGUGUUAUUUAAAUUUAAUUAUAGUAAUAAAUGGAAGGAGGGCUAAUUACCACAAAAGCUGCUGCUCAGCUAUGGUAGUAAUAUCCCUACUCAGUGGAACAUA